AUGAAUCUCAGGGAGUACGCCCGCCGAGGGGCCACGGUGUACGCGACUGCGCGCCGAUUGGAGGCCAUGCGUGGGUUACAGGAGCAGGGAGUGACUGUAUUGAAGCUGGAUGUGACAGACGCGGAAGAUAUUCAGCGUGCAGUUGAAACAGUCGUGAGGGAGGCUGGGCGAAUAGACGUUCUCGUCAACAAUGCUGCUGUCUUUGCCACGCGUCCCUUGGCUGACACGCCACUCCCCGAUUGGCGCGCGCUGUUCGAAACGAACCUGCUCGGAGCCGUUGCGAUGGCCCAGGCCGUGUUGCCGCACAUGGCUGAAAGGAAACAAGGACUUAUUAUUAACGCCCAUGGCAGCAGCCUAUUCGGCCUCAAAGGCAGCGUUGAACGCAGUGACCAACUGCAUGCGCAUGGAGAUGACUCACCUCCUUUCCCCCCCUACUCCUCCCCGUACCAUCAUCCCGUGCUCCAUCUCAGGCCCAUGGCAGCAGCUUAUUCGGCGUCCAAGGCAGCACUGAACGCAGUGACCAACUGCAUGCGCAUGGAGAUGAAGCCCUUCGGAGUGCGUGUCAUGCUGGCGGUUCCGGGAUUCAUCAACACCAAAAUACACAGGUGA